UUGAGCGUCUAUUUAAUAAUAUUUUUUUAGCGUCUAUUUAAUUUGUUGAGAAGUUAUUUUGGGUUGAGUUUUUCAAGUGGCUUUGAAAAAAAAUUAUUAUUCAUCCAACGCAGGGGAGGGAGGGGCGCGCGUGGUAAUUGAUGGUAUCAAGCAAGCUUCUAUAAAUGCCUCGGAGUUGGAUUGGAGCAUAUGAUACGAAUCGGAGAGAGAAAAGAGAAGAGAGAGAGAGAAAUGAAGAGGAAUACGAAGAAAGAAACAGAGAGGGAUGAAGUUGAAGAGUUGCUGCAAGCAGCACAGGACGAUAUGCUCCUGAAGCUAUCUCUCAACUCUCACUUGUCCCGCGGCGUUUCUCUCGACGACGCCGAUAUCGGCCGUCGCUUCGAGGCCCUCAAAAUGAAAACUGUUAUUACUGGAGCAGCACCAGGACCAGGACCAGGACCUGCUGCUGCUGCCUCUUCUGUCUCCAAAUCCAAUUCCAAUUCCAUUCAAGUGGAUGAGGAACUAAAGGAAGUCCUCGGUGACGAUCUCUCCACCAGAUUCGCCGCCCUCAAGGCUUCAAUUCCUAUGCCCUCCUCCGAUGCUGCCGUCCGGUCGUCGGCAUCAUCCUACAACGACAUCGUCAACGACAACGACGAUGAAGAUGAAGUUGAAAAGUUGAUACGCUGGGCUAAGGACGCCGCUCGCCUCGACCCUUCUCCACCCUCCGACGAUGACGACGACCAAGACAAAUCGGAAUCUGAUGAUGACGACCACCACCACCACGAGCCAAAGGGGAAUGUACCCGAUCGUAAAUAGGAAAAUACUUUGUGUGUGUUUCUUUUUUCUUUUUUUAUUAUAUUUAAUUUGAUAAAUUAGAUUUAUGAAUAAAUUAUGACACAUUGAAUCGUGUUUGUAAAUUGUAAUUGGAUUUUUUGGCCCCGGUUAACCCGACUAACAUAACGUACAAAAUCUAACCAAAACAACGACAGUGCUCCAACAUGCCAAGACAUAAAAAUUGAGCUCAACUUCUGAUAAAUAACAAUCAUGAUACCCUUUUGUUCACUAAUCUAUUACAUGUAAUGACAAUUGUAAAGCAGCCUACGAAAUAAAUCAUUCUCCAAAAUGGGCCUCAUUCUGAAUAACUAAGCCAUGGAUGAGGAGUGUAGUUUCAUAUUUUUGGAAAGGCACCAAACCCCGUUGAGGUCGUAGUGGAAGAAGUCUGAGGUCCAAUCAAUCUCUUUCAUACUCGAAUCCUAUAUUAACAAACAAAAAACCCAGAACAAAGAUUUUGAAUCCUA